GCUGCCCCCUGGCCCGUCAUUGCCAUUAAUAGAGACCUGAAACACCGCCUGCUAAAAAUACCCGGCUGGAGACCCAUAAAAGCGCUACGGGGUCCGGCGCCCGCCACUUCUCCCGCUUCUCCGAGCCUACUCCGGACGCACCCAGACUAGCCAGCAUGGCCGAGCGCCGAGUGCCCUUCUCGCUCCUAAGGGGCCCCAGCUGGGACCCUUUCCGCGACUGGUAUCCGGCCCACAGCCGCCUCUUCGACCAGGCCUUCGGGCUGCCCCGGCUGCCCGAGGAGUGGUCGCAGUGGCUCAGCCACAGCGGAUGGCCGGGCUACGUGCGCCCGCUGCCCGCCGCAGCGAUCGAGGGUCCCGCCUACAGCCGCGCGCUCAGCCGACAGCUCAGCAGCGGGGUCUCCGAGAUCCAGCAGACCGCCGACCGCUGGCGCGUGUCCCUGGACGUCAACCACUUCGCCCCCGAGGAGCUGACGGUCAAGACCAAGGACGGCGUGGUGGAGAUCACUGGCAAGCACGAGGAAAGGCAGGACGAGCACGGCUACAUUUCCCGUUGCUUCACUCGCAAAUACACGCUGCCCCCCGGUGUGGACCCCACCCAGGUCUCCUCCUCUCUGUCCCCUGAGGGCACACUCACCGUGGAGGCCCCGUUGCCCAAGUCAGCUACCCAGUCGGCCGAGAUCACCAUUCCCGUCACCUUCCAGGCGCGUGCCCAGCUUGGCGGCCCCGAAGCCGGAAAGUCCGAACAGCCGGCAAACAAGUAAAGGCCCUUUGCCCAGCGGCCCACCCCACAAGUAGCCAUCACUGACCAUCCUCACCCGCCAAACCUCUAUGUUCUUUUGAUACGUUUGCCUUCUGUUUUUCUCAAAUAAAGUUUGAAGCCACUGCCCGCCA